AAAUAUUUACUCGUGCUCCCCCUGAAUUUGGCCCCAUUUAAUGUAUGAGGUUGAGGGCUCUGUAGCAGCCCAAAAUGUUUUUGUCCACACUCUGCGUACUCGCCCGCCUCUUGGCAAUUGCUCAGCUUUGCUCCUGGUUGUCUUUUGAGCUUCUUUCCGCCUCCCGCCUCUCACCACUCCGAUCCCCAUUCAGCCAGUUAUGAAAAUUACUGAAACGUGGCCAGAGACGGGUGCGGGUUCCACAGGACCUGCAGGACGAGGGCACGCUCACACAGAGAGCCGCGUCAGCAGUAGCAACAACAUGAGGCAGUGGCUUCACACACAGGACAACGUGACAAAUAAAAUCAAGCUGGCUUUGAGCAGUGGGCCAAUCAUCCAGUUUUUGACAUACAACUGAAAUUAUUACAAAAUUUAUCUGCGGCGUUGGCGUUGAUGUCUACAUGCAUGGCUAUCAGGCCGGUCUUUAUAUAGUUUUUUCAGCCGUGCUGGUAAUGCUGAUUGAGAUCAAGUGGCUCGUGACUAUCUUUCUGCAACUCCAGUGCGCAGAGGAUAAUUACCAGCGGAGGUCCUGCAGCUGCUCGUCCUGCUGGCGACUUUCAGCGAUUUGUGGCGGCUGGCGACCCACUCCAGUUUAUGCGGCCAUCGGCAUCUGCCUGAUACUAUAUCCCCACAAUCUGUGGCUGAGUUAUGUGGCCGGGAUGUUCCUGAUACUCCUCGGGCUCCUCAGACUUUGCACGCUGCUCAGAUUCAGCCCCUCGAAGGAGGAGGGCCUCCUGCCGCAGUGUGACUUUGAAAAGGUCUCGAGCUUUGUGGAUACCAUGGAGGAUGAUUUCGCGGAGGUUAGUGCAUCGCAAGCGGCCUUGGAGGACGAAGCGGAGGAGGAGGGCGACGACCAGCCCGCCAUAGAUGAUGAUGUUUGCUAAUAGUUUAAGCCAGCUUUACUGCCUAAUGUAAUGUGAGAUUUUAAACGACUUAACAGGUGUCUAAUAAUAUAC